AAUGACAUUCGAUCCAACGGCUCGGAUGGGCGUUUUUGCCUUGUUUGUUGGUGGCGCCUUCUUUAAGCUGCAGGCCAAUUGCAUAAAUCAGACCGCAGUCCAGCGUUUUCUGACCUUGCCCAACUUCAAGGCGGUCAAGCAGGCACUUCUGCUAUCCCUCAUAGGCUUUAUUCUCGUCAUGGCCAUGUGUAUUUAUAUUGGAAUGCUCGCCUUUGCCGCAUAUUAUCAUUGUGAUCCCAUAACCACGGGCCUGGCACGCGCCAAGGAUCAGGUAAUACCGUUGUAUGUUAUGCAAAGUGCUGGCGUCGUGCCUGGAAUUGUGGGUCUGUUUGUCGCAGGGGUGUUUAGCGCUGCACUUAGCUCUCUUUCCACCGCACUCAACUCUCUUUCAGCGGUGGUGCUCAAGGACUUUGUCGAGCCGUAUCGCAGUCGUCCACUGACCGAGCGUCAGACUGCCUAUGUCCUCCGAGGCGUGGUUGUUGUCUUUGGGCUCAUUUCAAUAGCAAGUGUCCCAAUAGUGCAGAAAUUGGGUAUGCUUAUGCAGCUCUCCUCCACCGUGGGUGCAAUCACCUGUGGUCCAUUGCUUGGCGCAUUCUCAGUUGGCAUGCUGUUGCCAUUCGUUCGAACAGAGAGUUUGUUAACUGGCAUUUCGGUGGCCACCACUUUCAUAUCCUACAUUGUUGUUCGCGCACAAAUUGCAAUGGCUACCGGCCAAAUGACCUUUCCCAUGAAACCUGUUUCCGUGGAGGAUUGUGACUACAGCUUCGAGCUGCAUACUAACUGGACUGGCCCCAGCAGCGCGAAUACUCACGAGGACAAAAGUCACAGCUUACAUGAGAUCUCGUUUUUGUGGUACACUUUGAUUGGUUCUUUAGGAACGGUUCUCUGUUCGUUGUUGGCAACGAUUUACUUUGGAAAGCAGGAUGUACGUCUGGUGGACAAGGAGCUGGUUUCGCCAGUCCUGCACAAGUAUUGGUAUGGGGAGUAUGAGAGCGUUGCCAGCGAUGAUGAAGAGAAGAAGGAACUGAAGCUGCACGAAUCGUUAACGCAACCGAAAUUGGAUGAGAUGGAGCAAACCCCUUACUAUCCAAAAACUUCCGAGGGGCUAUAAACCCUUAUUUAUAAAUAUCAUGAAUACAAUAAAGAUCAUGAAUACAACAACAA